CAGCGGCAGGCCUGAGACGGAGGGCACAGCGGGCCCUUAGAGCACACGCUGGCUUGAUGUAGGACCAUCAGGCACGUAGUUGAAAGGAGGACGGGUUGCUCGGCCCGUUCUGAUAGGUGUUGUCAGCUUCCAAAGAUAAAUUAAAAAACAAAACGAUGAUGACGGGUCAGCUCCUGGCGCUCACUGGGACCUCUUGGUGACUCGAGUCGUUCUCAGGCUUUUAGAAUCAUGUAACAGUGCACUUUCGAAUUGGGAAAUGGGACAAGGAGAAUGAAGAAUUGUCCCGUGCACGAAGUAAAGUCAGCUUUACAGAAAACCUGCUGCAUUGUCCACGUUUUCCUCGUUUCGUCGCGGACCAGGAAGAGCCUCGUCCAAACGUGGCGUGAGCGUUUCCUGAUCUCUAAGUUUCGGACUUGACUGGAAAGCGCCUCGGGUGUGGACCGAGCCCUUGGUUUGUGCGCAGCACAGCCACAUCUGAGUUCGAUGCUGUGCUGGCGUCGGCACCAGAGAUUGCCGUGGCUGGCCGGUAACAGAAAUGACGUUUCCACGUGUAGGUCACCCGGAUGUCAGCAUGGCAGCCACAAACCUGGAGAACCAGCUGCACAGCGCCCAGAAGAACCUCCUGUUCCUCCAGCGGGAGCAUGCCGGCACCCUCAAGGGGCUGCACGCCGAGAUCAGGCGGCUGCAGCAACACUGCACAGAUUUAACAUAUGAGCUGACACUCAAAAGUGCGGACCAGACAGGAGAUGGAUCUUCCCGAAGCAGCGAACUAAAGAGAAGAUGCGAGGAGCUGGAAGCCCAGCUGAAGCUCAAGGAGGACGAGAACAGCGAGCUGCUCCGGGAGCUGGAGCAGAAGGACGCCAUGAUCCUGGUGCUGGAGAGCACCGUCAGGGAGCGCGAGAGGAAGUACCUGGAGGAGCUGAAGCUGAAGAGCCACAAGCUGAACAUGCUGUCGAGCGAGCUCGAGCAGCGCGCCGGGACCAUCGCCUACCUGACCUCGCAGCUGCACGCCGCCAAGAGGAAGCUCAUGAGCUCCGGCGGGACCUCGGACGGCAGCCCGUCCGGGAGCCCCGUGCUGGCCAGCUACAAGCCGGCCCCCCCCAAGGACAAGCUGCCCGAAACGCCCCGCCGCCGAAUGAAAAAGAGCCUCUCGGCCCCCCUGCACCCGGAAUUCGAAGAGGUUUACAGAUUCGGGGCCGAGAGCCGGAAACUACUCUUGCGGGAGCCGGUGGACGCCAUGCCCGACCCCACCCCGUUCCUGCUGGCCCGGGAAUCGGCCGAGGUCCACCUCGUCAAGGAGAGGCCCCUGGUCAUCCCCCCCAUCGCCUCCGACCGCGGCUCGAGCGAGCCGCACAGCCCGGCCCGCGAGAAGCAGCACAAGGCUCACGUGGGGGUGGCCCACCGCAUCCACCACGCCGCCCCGCCGCAGGCCCCACCCGAGGUGGAGACGCUGGCGGUCGACCAGGUGAACGGAGGAAAGGCCGCGAGGAAGCACUCAGGGACGGACAGAACUGUGUGAAGCCUGCCCGGGCGACCCUUCCCCCCUGGCUGUCGAUGCACUGUGAUCACUACUAGGAAAACUCAUCCACGCCUUUUUUUUUUUUUUUCCUCCAAUUCCCCUGCAUGCCAAAUUUUUUUUCAGACACGUCAACAUUCUUAUUCUCCUGCUCCUUUUGCCCUGGUACUGACACCAGAAUACGAUCAUGUCCCUGCUGCAGAAUACCUAUUAACCGAUUGCCGUGGCCAAACACCUGUGUGCCGAAUCGCUCGCUUCUAAUCCCACUCCGUGUAACUUCAAUGCGCUCGUGGACAAAGCACAGGCCACAGGCUGCAUCACUACUCGACGUUAAUGAAAUCAGAUAGUCAACCCGCCUAACUAUACAGCCGGAGCAACACGUGCCGACCGGCCUCGACCCUCUCGCUCCAGUUCCUAGGGCGGCCCGUCCAGAGCAGCCCCUGCUCCCUCCCGGAGACCCCGUAACCUCCCACCAAGCCUCCCCCGGGGCGGCCCCGAUAGCCGAGCAGCUGUAUGUGUCUAUCGCGGGAACGAAAUAAGAUGAUGUUACUCCUCGUGUCACCACAACCUGAAUGUGUGUUCAUAUUUUUUGGUUAGUUUUAUCCAAAAUGUUCAAGAUCCCAACAAACUUUAUUUUCUAAACCUG